UAGAGAGUGUGUGAUCUGAUCUAGUUAUAUAUAUAUAUGUAAAAGAAAGAAAGAAAAAAAACAAUCCUGGGGGUUUGGACAAAUUUGGGAUAGUUUAAGCUUUUUUAUACAUUCACAUGAAUCACAUACGUUCAUGUCGUCGAUACGGUCCUCUUCCUUGAUUUUUUUAUUUUUAAAAUUUAUUGUAACCACGUGGAUUUGCUUGUCUUGUUUCUUGUUUUCUUUUUUUUUCUUUUUCUCUCCCCCUUGAUGAAAUCGAGGAACCUUUAAUACUACUACUACUACUACUAGUUUCUUUCUUCUACUUCGUCGAUCCACAAACGCUUUUGAUUCCUUUGCUGUAUUGGCUUAGCUUACUGUGUUUCUCUGCUCUUUUUAUUGGCUUCUCCUUCGCUUCAAUUAGGGUUUUUUACUUGUUUCAUCUUCGAUUCCCCAAAUUGCUUCCCUUUUGAGAUUGGUAUUGCUGUAAACUAGUUGAGUUGACUCAUUUAGAGUCAUAGCGAGUUGACAAGCUCUUUGGGUUUACGAAGAGAGGAGAGAAGAGACGUCCCCUCGAUUGAAAAAUUAAACCUUUUUCAUUGGGUUGAAAGAAAAAAGAAAGAAAGCAAGAGUCUUGGAAUAUUUUGGAGUGUUUUAUUUGUUUAGAUGGGAGGUCAAUGCUCUAACCUGAGUGGGUGUUGCCGGAACUCUUCACACAAGACAGCUGUUCUUGAAUCUCCUGAUCUUGAGAAUGGAGAGAGUAGUGAGAUCACUGAUGUGCCUAAUUUCCGGGAGUAUACAUUAGAACAGCUCAAGUCGGCUACUUCUGGUUUUGCUGUCGAGUAUAUUGUGUCUGAACAUGGAGAAAAGGCUCCAAAUGUUGUCUAUAAAGGGAAAUUGGAGAAUCAAAAGAAGAUUGCUGUCAAGCGUUUCACAAGAAUGGCGUGGCCUGAUGCACGUCAAUUCCUGGAGGAAGCGAGGUCGGUUGGUCAGCUGCGGAGUGAGAGAAUGGCCAAUUUACUCGGUUGUUGCUGUGAAGGUGAUGAGAGGUUACUUGUAGCAGAAUUUAUGCCCAAUGAAACACUAGCCAAACACCUUUUCCACUGGGAAACACAACCUAUGAAAUGGACUAUGAGGCUACGAGUUGUUUUGUAUCUAGCACAAGCUCUUGAAUACUGCACCAGCAAAGGCCGUAUUCUUUAUCACGACCUCAAUGCUUACCGGGUUUUGUUUGAUGAGGAAUGCAAUCCAAGACUUUCUACUUUUGGUUUGAUGAAGAAUAGUCGGGACGGAAAAAGUUACAGCACUAAUCUUGCUUUCACCCCUCCUGAGUAUCUACGAACUGGGAGAAUUACUCCAGAGAGUGUGAUAUACAGCUUUGGUACUCUUCUGCUUGAUCUUCUCAGCGGAAAACAUAUACCUCCUAGCCAUGCCCUCGAUCUGAUUAGAGACAGGAAUCUUCAGACACUAACAGAUUCUUGCCUAGAUGGGCAAUUCUCUGACAGCGAUGGCACAGAGCUAGUACGCCUGGCGUCUCGUUGUCUUCAGUACGAAGCUCGUGAGCGGCCAAACACGAAAUCUUUGGUGACUGCCUUGACGCCACUUCAGAAGGAAACAGAGGUCCCGUCUCAUGUUCUAAUGGGUCUACCGCACAGUGGUUCAGUCUCUCCUCUGUCCCCUCUUGGUGAGGCUUGUUCAAGAAGGGACCUGACCGCUAUGCUUGAGAUCUUGGAUAAACUUGGAUACAAAGACGACGAGGGUGUCACCAAUGAGCUCUCGUUUCAAAUGUGGACAGACCAGAUGCAAGAGUCUUUGAACUCGAAGAAGAAGGGUGAUAUGGCUUUCAGGCAAAAAGAAUUUAGAGAGGCCAUUGAGUGUUACACGCAGUUUAUUGAUGGAGGAAUGAUAUCUCCAACAGUGUGUGCACGCCGUAGUCUGUGUUACCUGAUGAGUGACAUGCCGAAAGAAGCUUUAGAUGAUGCACAUCAGGCUCAGGUGAUCUCUCCCGUGUGGCACAUCGCGUCAUAUCUGCAGUCUGCUUCCCUUGCUUUCCUGGGGAUGGAGAAGGAGUCUCAAAUCGCACUCAAAGAGGGAUCGAACCUUGAAGCAAAGAGGAAUUCAGGUUCUCGAGUGAAGUAACAUAUAUAGUGUGUGUUUAAAGAAGAAUCAUCUUUUGGGAAAGAUGAAAGAACAUCUUACCAAGUAAAAAAGGUGUUAGAAUCUUUUGAGCACAAUGAUGGGAAAAACACGCAAGAGGGAUGCCAAAUGAAACCCUCAUCUUCUGAAGAGAUGAUUGGGUUGUGUGAGGUGUUUUGCUCUUCUUGUGCCUCUUUUUAUGGGCAUUGAAUUGAAGGAGUCACUUCCUUUAUUGGCUUUGAAAUCCAUUUUUCUGAAGAAACUUUAUGUACUAGAUAAAACCUUUAUUGGAGAAACCAUAAAGAGAUUUUAUGUCUUUUGAAUCCA